ACAAGUUUUUGAGUGGCCACUUCGUGUUGGUGGUUAUUUUGAACCUUAGUAUGAAAUGCUUAGGGCGUCACAGCAUUAAGUAAUAUGGAACUGAACCAGGAUAGAGUCAGAUGUUUGCAGCAGUGGAUGAAAUUUCUUUUACCAGAGGACAAUGAUACAGGGGUUCGAGAUUGGCGAACGCUUCUGAAGCUGCUUGACUUGGCAAAGGAUUCGAAUCUGUGCAGUACAAUUGAUGGUGAAGAUUUACCUAAAAUGGUUUACAGAGUUUUGUCAGAUUUCUUUUCUGUCGACCUUACUACUGUUAUACCGAUGGAUGCUGCUGACAUUUGUUCACCUGCUUCUGCAUACUACUGUCUUUUGCUUCUGGCUUUGACAAUGGGACUGCGCCUCAAAUCCAAACUGUUUAUGACUGCAGCCUUUCAGCUUCCUAGCACAAUGCAUUAUUACAUUGUUGAAAUGACUCAACCUCUUAUUGAAGAUUGUCCCAUCUCCAUCAGUUCUUUUGAAUCCCUAAGCUCAGGUUCAGAAAACAAACAGAUCACACCUAUCCACCAAAGCAAAUCUCUCAAAAUCCCUUUAACUUGUCCUGUUGCCUCAAAACUGCCGCUAUUACCAUUUGGACACAGGGAAAAAAAUAAAACCAACUCCGAGCUAAUAUUUGAUGAUUCAUCUAUAGGAAAUGAGCAAUCAUACAAAUUCGGUAGUCGCUCUCUUUAUUCAUCUCCAGAAAACUUUUUUGAAUCUCACUGUCAUAUACACAAAAGAAGAAACUGCGCUACAAAGUCUGCUUUUGGAAACGACUUGGAGUUGGAAGCGGAUUCACCACUUUAUUCAUUGAAAUCAAUUCUAGAAUCACCACAGGUUAUCCCCAAGGGCCAGUUUCUAUCUAAACUAGAUGAAAUACGGUCUUUAUCUUCAAAGCUAUCGGAGUUGCAGCAUUUGUAUGAUGAGAACAUGUGUGAACUUCGUCGCCUGAAUUCCGAACUACAGACUUCAGAAAUGAGACGGAAGGAGGUUGAAGUUCGUUUGAAGCGGCGUGAAUCAGAGCUGAGUGAAUUGCGUGAUGAAUUGACUUAUGAAAUUGAAAUGCGUUCACUUCACGAACAGAAGUCCAAGCUUGUUGAUCAUUUACAGGAAAGCCUGAACGAUGCUCAGGAAAAACUGAAACUAAUGGAUCAAUUAAGUGAAAAAAGUCAGAAACUUAUCGAAGAAAAUAAUUACCUGAGAGCUAAAGAGAAGGAAUUGGAAGCAAUUCGAUCGCGUCUAUGUUAUCAACAAGAGCUUGAACGCCAACUGUCGCAAAUGAAAGUUGCUGCUGAACUUGCGGACAGAGAGAUACAUGAAUUAUUACGUCAGCGUGAACAGCUUCUUGCUACAUCAGAAGCGGAGCAGUUGGCGCAAGCCAAUUCCUUAAUUCGUAACCAAAGGUCUGUUUCCGAAACAGUUUCCUCCCAGUGUGAUAAAAGGGAAUAUAGUUCCUGCGAGAAAUGCUCACCUUCUCCAGACUCAUCCCAACCUGGAUUUGACUCAGAAGCUCAGUUUCCUGUUUCAGAUGUGAGUUCUGCAGAGUGUUUGGCUUCUGUUGUAAUCGUGAAUAGUCAAUUACAAAACCUUGAAUUAGCUGUUGUGAAAGCUCAAAAUGAUUACCAAAGUAUGCGAAGGAAAUUCACGGUUCAACGAUUCACUUCUCUGUUCGUAACGGCUCUUGCGAAACACCGAAAAAAUAUCAUUAACUCUUUGCAGCAUUCAUGUGAGACAUUGACCGAGGAAUUAAGUUGUCUGAAAUCGUUGAUGAACUCUAGAUUUGAAAAACUUUGUGAACAGGUUUCGAGUUCGGAAUCUAGGUUGAUUCAGUCCAAUCAGAUGAUUGCAGAGAUACAGACAAAGCAGAGCGAAAAAGUCGCUCACUUAUAUGCAGAGAAAAAGAAGUUGAACUAUGAGAUAGAUAAAAUAAGGCUAGAAAAUCAAAUCGCCUUCCAUGAAUCGGAGAACAAAGUGGAUUCUCUUACAGCUGAAAAUAAGAAGUUGAAUACUGAGCUGACACUUCUGCGUUCUCAUCUUGAAGAGAGUUAUACCAAGAUGAAUGAAGAAAUAAACAAACACAAGAAAGCCAGUGAAGAAAUCGAAAAGCUGAAUUUAAAACUUGUUGGUCUGGAGAGGAAGUAUAACGAAUCGAAAAUUGCUAAUAAAAAGCUACACGUUCAACUCGAUGACCAAAUUAAUGCCAAUAAGAUAUUUCGCACAACCACUGAGGAAGAGAUAGAUCGUUUGAAAAACAGCCUGGCAACCUCUUCCGCUGAAUACUCAUCUGUUAUCAGCAGCAUAUCCAAAGAACACCGACGAGAGAAAGAUCAACUUUUGUUAGACAUUAAGCGGGCAGAAGAUUCAAAAGAAAUCUCUUUGCAAGAAACUGCAAAUUUAAAACUCCUGCUGGAGAAUACCAUAGCCGAACUGACUGAUGAAAAAGAAAAGUUAACUCAGAUUUCAGCAUUGUCAGAUACUUUUAAAAGUGAAGUAGCUGAUUUGCGAGCUAGUCUCUCUAAAACACGGAAAUAUUUGUUAGAGGCUGAGGACAAUUUAAAAUCUAACGAUGAUCGGAUUAAAUCCUUACAAGUAACAAACGACGAGUUAAAUACCAAACUGUCCGUGUCAGAAAAUUCAAAUAUGCUGAAAGAAAAAGAAGUUUUCAGGUUGACAACGCGAAUUGUGGAACUGGAAUUAGAGAAUAAGCGAAGUUCUGAGAAGAUUGCUGAGCUUGAGAGUCUCGCUGAAUCAGCCACUCGUCUUCGACUUGACCUUGAGCGUCAUUCUGAAACUCUACGCAGCCAGUGCAGUGGGAUGGAGAGUGGUUGGUUAUCAACUCGUAUGCAACUUUCUGAAACAAGAGAACAACUGAUUAAAACAGAGGAACUACUUCACGAAACAAGAUUGCGUCUUCUACGAGCGAACUAUGAAAAAGAUGAAGUAGCUGAACGUUUGGCACUCAUUGCAUCGAAAAAUCCAGCUCUUCGUAAAGUUCGAUCAACCUUGGAACUUGGUUCAGAUUUAUUGGGAGUAUAUGACGUUGCUAAAACCGAAACAAAACCACACCAUUCGGACUCUGCGACCGGAAAUCUCGUUCAUAACAAGCACUUAGAGUCUGAAGUUAGAGGGGAUUCAAAUAUGGGUGAUCAGAAUAAUUCAGGAACUGGAUUAAUUUCGAAAGCUUGCUGUGAUGUUGCAGUUCAGAAAUGCGAUCCACAUUCUCAUCAUUGGCCUCCCUUUGCAAAUAUCACAGCUCCGGUUAGUCCUGGGACAUUACAAAACAAUAAUCCUGAUGCUGUCUCUGCUACAUCGGUACCUCUUCACCGUUGUCGAUUUGGUCGUUUAAUUGUUGCUCCUGAAGGAGAAGAAGCGAAGGUGCUAAAAUCGAUCACUUACCAGUCGUCUCACAGUCAUCAUCCACCUGUGGCGAAGGCAGAAAAUAAGAGUGAUUUUGGUAGUGUGAAAUUAUCAAAUCCAUCUACUGUAUUCAAACCAACUGAUGGAGUACCACAACCGGAUUCAGAAGCUACUUGUUCACGAUCCGUGUCAUCCACAUUAUCAUACGUACCUGAAACUCCAUCUUAUCUCUUGAACAAUGCUAAUCGUUCCCGAAGCCGCAGCGCUUAUGAGAUUGCCACAGUUCCUUUGAAAUUAUCAUCCGGAAAUGACUCAUCUCUUGUUUGCUCCGAUACAACUGUGUCAUCAGCAUCACACAGUUCGCUAACGAUGGUUGAAAGUGGGAUUAGCUCCAAACGUAAUGUGUGGAUUGCUAGAAAGCUACAUAAACAUCCUAAGAAUGUUACAUUUAAGGAUUCAAGAGUUAAGGGUGGUCGAUUUGUGGAGCCCUAUCCACCAUGCAGUGGAACUUCACGAAACAAGGCAAAUGAAAAUGAAAAUUCUGGUAAAUCAACUUGGCGCAGAGUAUGGUCCAGGAAGAAAUAGUGAAAUAUAAGAUUUUUAUUGUACAUAUAUCUUUAUUUUUCGUUUAUAUCACGCUUCAUAACUUUACUUGUUUGUAUUCCCUAAAUCAAAUAUGUGUACCAUAUGUUUCGCGCCUUCUCCUUGCCCAGUAUUCCAUGAAGGAAGCGAGAAUGAGUUAAAAGUUUCAGGAUUAUUAACUAGGGUUUCCGCUUGUUUUAUCUGUGUGUCAUCUUGACAAUUGUUUAUCGAUUCAUGUGUCUUUGUGAUAGUAAAGAUAAAAGUUACUGCCUUGCA